CUCUGCAUUAAUGGUUUCUCUUCUGUUGGUGAAUUUCUCGUCAUCUGUCUUCUUUCUGGUGUUACGCAUUAGACGCCCCAGGUCCACCGCGAAGGCGGCAAAUCCAUUCAUCGACUUUCCUCUUGUAGCGUAGUGGAUGCUCAAAUUUCAUCCACUACCGUCCAGGUGGUGAGUGUCCCAACGCAAACCGUCCAGACUGAAGUAGCCUAGAGAAGGUUGUUGAAUGGUUUGAGCUGUUUGAAUUUCAUGGGAGAUAGAAGUUGGAUUUGCAAAAAGAGGUCAAGUGUUGAAUAUGUGACCGGAGUAAAAGAAUUUCUUGAAUUUGCCAUUGCCAAUAGUAUAGUUAUUAAUGGGAAGAUCAAAUGCCCAUGUCAGAAAUGCAGCAACAAUUUGUAUCAAACUCUGAGCGAUGUUGUUGAUCAUAUGAUAUGCAAUGGAAUUUGUCCAAGUUAUACUAUAUGGUAUCAUCAUGGAGAAUCUUCAUCUUCAAAUACAAUUAAUAAUAACAAUGAGUCGCUUGAACCAGAUGCAAAAGAGAUAGACAAGUUAUCAGACGAUACAUUGAGGACAUCGACUUCAAAAGACGGAUUAGUGUAUAAGCGGCAUCGUAAGAGACGUCGAACACCAAUUUUGGAAGAUGGUAACUUGCCUCAAGAUAAGAGGUUCAAAGUUGCUACCAAUAAACAUGGUCAACCAAUUGGUGACAAUGCUAUACAAGUGUCAAGGUACAUUGGCGCCUUAGCACGUGAUGGUAACUUGUUACCUAUUGACUUGUUUUGGAAACAGGUGCCUAAGUCAAACAAAAAAGAGCUAUGUUCUCGUGUUAAGGAGAAGUUUACGCUCUCAGUAUUUUCAGAAAAGUGGGUGCUCCAAUGUGGAAUGGAUGCAUGGAGACGCUGGAAGUGUAGAUUAAAGAAAAUAUAUUUUCAUGGGGAGGAGCUAUCAGAUGAUGAAAAUGAAGAAGACAUGUGUUGCACUAUUGUUAAAGAACAGUUGGACAAUAUCAUGAAAUAUUGGAACUCCGAUGAGGCAAAGCGUCAAAGUGAAACAAACAAAGUGAAUCGUGCAAAACAACUCAUUCCCAACAAUACUGGUACGAAGAGUCUUGCUCGACGUCGUGAAGAGGUGAUUGAAAAGAGCGCUGACGGGAAGGAGCCCAGUCGAGCUAUGAUGUUUAUCUUCAACCAUAAAAAUAAUCCUAAGGCUCGUGAAAAAGUUUUUGAAAUGGAGAAACUAUUGUCUGAACUACCAGAGGGUUUAAAACAUGAUAUAUCUCAAGAUGAUGUUUAUAGCAAAGUUAUGGGGCCAGAGGGUCAUGGGCGAGUGCGUACCUAUGGAACGGGCCUUUCUCCUAAAGAUAUUUUUGGCCCUUACUCAUCACGAGCUGAGUAUGCUCAAGAAGCAGUGGAUGCUCAGAAAAGAGUUGCUGACAUAGAGAAAAAGUACAAUGGCUUGGAAGAAAGGUGCAAUCACAUGGAAGAAGAAAAUGCCUUUUUAAAGGAAAAAACUACUCUGUUGGAGUCUACAGUAGGACAACUGAUGGAGGAAGUCGAAUCAUUGAAGACUACAUUGUCUACCAUUAGCCAAGCACUCCGGAUACUUAGAUCAGAUCAUGGCCUGUCAAAUGUUAGAUCUGUCUCAUCAGGUGAGCCGUUGGUUUGGAGAUGGACCUCAGGAAUCACCUUCUUCUCAACUUCACUGUUGGCAUUUCUGAGCUGCAGUUCUUGGAUAUAAAGUGGGUUCAGGAUAACUUAGUAUAACCACAAGGUUGGUCUGGGAAUUCUGAGUUGACACUGUGGGCAUUUCUGCUCUCUUUUAUCUUUCAUAUCCUAUAGCGCCCUCUGUGGAUGGCUGCAUGCAAUUACAGCUGAACCAGCAUCAUGGGACGUCGGUUGCUUAUUCUGCCAUUAUUUUCUAAAUGAAUGCCCUUGCUCAAUGCCAUCCAGUUAUUUAUAUGAUAAUAUUGUCUGAUUGGCUCUAAAGACAAUUUAACAAAUUGCAAUCAACAGUAAAUUGUAAUCACAUGUUUUACCACACUGUAGUUACUA